AUGACCCGCCUUCGCAAACGCGUCUCAGAACGGCUUAAGGGAGCACAGAACACUUAUGCGAUGUUGUCGACCUUCAAUGAGAUCGACAUGUCCAACAUUAUGGGGAUGAGGUCAGAGUACAAGGAUGUCUUCCUUCAGAAGCAUGGCGUCAAGCUGGGCUUCAUGUCAGUUUUCGUCAAGGCCUCAGUCGUGGCCCUCCAGGACAUGCCUGCUGUCAAUGCGGUCAUCGAUGAUGACGAGAUCGUCUACAAAGAUUAUGUGGACAUCAGCCUAGCAGUCGCGACACCCAAGGGCCUUGUGGUGCCCGUCCUGAGGGGUGCUGAGAACUUGUCGUUUGCUGGCGUUGAGAAGGCCAUCGUCGACCUCGGUUCCAAGGCUCGAGAGGGGACUCUCUCCAUCGACGAGAUGGCUGGUGGCACGUUCACGAUAUCCAAUGGCGGCGUGUAUGGUAGUCUCCUCAGCACGCCCAUCAUCAACCCACCCCAGUCUGCCAUCCUGGGCAUGCAUUCCAUCCAGAAGCGACCCAUGGUGGUCGGCAACGAAAUCGUGGUCAGGCCCAUGAUGUACGUGGCCCUCACAUAUGACCACCGACUGAUCGACGGCCGUGAGGCCGUCACUUUCUUGCGCCGCAUCAAGGACCUAGUCGAAGAUCCACGGCGGUUCCUGAUCGACGUCUGA